CUCCUUGAUUUAUUUUACAGUGAAAAGAAUAAACUGAGUAGUCUAGCUGCAAAUGAAAAGUAUGAAAAUGAGAAACUUGCUAAACUCAGGAGAGCAAUAAUGGAGGAAUUCACCAAGAAUGUCAAAGCCAGAGGGAUCGUAUUCACAAAGACACGUCAAAGUGCUGAUGCAUUGUGUCAAUGGAUUAGUGACAAUGAAAAAUUCAAGGAAGUGGGUAUCCAUGCACAUUACCUGAUUGGAGCAGGGAGCAACAGUGAUUUCACAUCUAUGACGCAGAAUGAACAAAAGAAAGUGAUCAAUAAAUUUAGCACUGGAGAACUAAACCUACUUAUCGCGACUAGUGUGGCUGAAGAAGGUCUCGAUAUCCCAGAGUGCAACAUUGUGAUCAUGUACGGUCGGAUAACCAAUGAAAUUGCUAUGAUGCAGGCUCGUGGACGAGCCAGAGCAGCGGACAGCAAGCUUGUACUGGUUGCUUCCAAUUCGUCGGGAGCUGCUGAACAUGACAUCGUCAAUGUAUACAGAGAAGACAUGAUGUACAAAGCCAUCCAGAAAGUACAGCAGAUGUCCCAUGAAGUGUUUGAAAAAAAAAUUCAGGAACUCCAGUGCCAAAAUAUUGUUGAGAAGAGAGUGAAGAAAAUGAAAAAUAUGCGUAAAGUGUACCAGCAGAACCCCCACAUGGUGACCUUCCUAUGCAGAAAAUGCCAGAAGCUCGUCUUUUCCGGUGGUGAUAUCCGUGUGAUAGAAAACAUGCAUCAUGUUAUACCUGAAUCAAAAUUUAAGAAGCUGUUCAAAAAAGGGGAAAAUAAAACACUUCAAGAAAAAUAUGCUGAUUACCAAAUAAAUGGUGAAAUAAUCUGCAAAGAUUGUGGACGGGUAAGUUCCUGUGAAAGGUGUUGUCUUAAAGUGGACCUUCACCCUAAAAACGCAUUGUGGGGAUUUAACUUAGGGUUUAUACACAUACAG